CUGAAAGUGCUUCUCCUUCACACUCAAACACAUGUUCGAGAUCUCAGACGCCUUCUCCAUCCACUUUAAAUGCUGAUCACAUGGAACAAAAAGAUUUGCCGCUGGAUGAAAAAUUGCAUCAUUCGGUCUUGCAGACUCCAGAUGACUUGGAAAAUAGUGAAUUUCCAAAUGAAGAUUGCAGUGUGAUGGCAGGAGGAAGUCUUAAAGGUUGGCAUGAAGAUGUUGCUACAGUUAUGUGGAGACGAAUGCUUGGUAUUUUGGGAGAUGUCAACUGCAUUAAGGAUCCUGAAAUUCAUGCUCAAGUGUUUGACUAUUUAUGCGAACUAUGGCAGAAUUUAGCCAAGGUGAGAGAUAAUCUUGGAAUUACAAUAGACAAUCACACCUCCCCACCACCCCCUGUUUUGAUACCACCGCUCAGAAUUCUAACUCCUUGGCUUUUUAAGGCAACAACAUUACCGGAAAAAUACAAGCAAGGAAAGCUGCAUGCCUACAAGCUUAUCUGCAAAAUUAUGAAACGGCGUCAAGAUGUUUCGCCUAAUUCCGAUUUUCUGGUUCACUUCUACAAUAUAAUGCACAGUGGACUCCUAAAUCUUGAUCAGGACAUUGUGAACACCAUCAUCAAGCACUGUUCUCCAAGGUUCUUUUCUAUUGGGUUGCCUGGUGCUACCAUGUUAAUUUGGGACUUUAUAGUUGCUGCUAGCAAAGUAACAUUCUCUUCUUCACUUAAUGCUCCAAGAGUGGAAGCACAGAUUCUAUUGGGUUCUUUAGUCUGUUUCCCAAAUAUAUAUAUAGACCUCCCUACGUUACAGCCUUCUCUUGUGGACAUCUUAUCAACAAAAUGUGAUGAUGUUAAGGAACUUGUAAUUAAAAGCAUUUUAAAAUCAGCAAGAGAAGAACCUUCUGGACCAGCUAGAUGUGUUGCACUUUGUAGCCUUGGCAUUUGGCUCUGUGAAGAAUUGGUACAUGAUACUCGCCAUCCACAAAUCAAAGAUGCCCUAAAUGUAAUUUGCGUAACUUUGAAGUUUCCAAACAAAGCGGUUGCACAAGUGGCUUGUGAUAUUUUGCAUUUAUUGAUCAAUUAUGUGGACAAACUUCAGAAUUAUCCAUCAGAUUCUCCAAAAAAAAUUCUUGAGAUAUUGAUGGCAACAAUUACUUAUCUGUUACCCAGUACAGAAGUAUCUCCGCAUGAGCAGGAUAAAAGGCUAGUGGUAUCCCUAUUGCUUUGCUUAUUGGACUGGUGCAUGGUGCUGCCUUUAAAAAUACUCCUGCAAGCUGCCCAAGCUGCAGGGCAAGAUAAGGAUAAUGCUGACAAAUCCAUUCUCAGUUGUAUUUACAAGGUGCUGCAUGGCUGUGUAUAUGGAGCGCAAUACUUCAGUAAUCCUAGAUACUUCCCUCUGAACUUAUCAGAUCUUGCCUCUGUUGAAUAUGAUCCAUUUUUACAUUUGGAAAGCUUGAAAGAACCAGAGCCUUUGCAUUCCCCUGAUUCUGAGCGAUCAUCAAAACUUCAAACUGUCACAGAGGUGAGGAGUCGUAUUCAGCAAGGUUUGAUCUCAAUUGCUGCCCGGACUGUGAUAAUUCAUUUGGUAAACCACGUUGGCCAUUAUCCAUUGAGUGGUGGCCCAGCAAUGCUGACCAGCUUAAUAAGUGAAAACCAUGACAAUCCCUUUACUGACUGCACUGAGCUUUCCCCUGAACUUUUUGAAAACCCUAAUCUCCAGUUUUUUGUGCUGAACAGUUCAACACUUAUUUCAUACCUGGAAAUCCCUGUUGAGGACAAUAUCCCAGGAGGAGGGAUGUCGGCUGGACUCUCAACAGCUACCUCAAACGUUAGAGUUGUGGUACGUGAUAUAUCUGGUAAGUACUCCUGGGAUUCUGCAAUUCUAUAUGGACCACCUCACUUCUGUCAACAAAAGCAAAUUACUUCCAAGGUCAGCAAUCUUUGCAGAGAAGAACAGAUGGCUGAACCUCUCUCCAAUGAAACAGAAACCGAUGAUGUAGAUUUAAGGGACUAUUUGGUACCUCAAACAAAAAGAAGGUGCGGGGAAAUUGUGCCAUCUUGGGAUGUAAUCCGUGAUGAUGAAGAUGCCUUGGAUGAGAUGUUGCAGUACCUUGGUUCCACCAGUCCAGAAUGUCUCCAGAGAGCUGGUGUGCAACUUAAUAUCCCUGCUGCCGCUCCUGUUUGUUUUUCAGAGAAACAGGAAAAUGAUGUAAUCAAUGCAAUUCUAAAACAGUACACAGAAGAGAAGGAAUUUGUAGAGAAUCAUGGCAAUGACCAGAAUAUGAAAGCAAUGGAGCAGGAGGAGCCAUGCCCACAAGAGCCUCAGUCUGUGUUUUACUAUUGCAGGAUGCUGCUGAAUAUUCUUGGCAUGAAUUCAUGGGAUAAUAGGACCAGUUUCCAUCUUCUGAAGAAAAAUGAAAAGCUUUUGCGGGAACUUAAAAACCUAGACUCAAGGCAAUGUCGAGAAACGCACAAGAUAGCAGUGUUUUAUGUUGCUGAAGGGCAGGAAGAUAAGCACUCCAUUCUAACGAAUACUGGAGGAAGCCAAUCCUAUGAGGAUUUUGUAGCGGGGCUUGGUUGGGAGGUUAACCUUACUAAUCAUUGUGGCUUCAUGGGUGGACUACAAAGAAAUAAAAGCACUGGUCUCUCCACUCCAUACUUUGCUACCUCCACCGUAGAAGUAAUAUUUCAUGUAUCUACAAGAAUACCUUCUGAUUCAGAUGAUUCUUUAACAAAAAAGUUGAGACACCUCGGGAAUGAUGAAGUGCAUAUUGUCUGGUCAGAGCAUACAAGAGACUACAGAAGAGGAAUUAUUCCUACUGAGUUUGGUGAUGUCCUGAUUGUUAUUUAUCCAAUGAAAAAUUAUAUGUUCAGUAUCCACAUAAUGAAAAAGCCAGAGGUACCAUUUUUUGGCCCACUCUUUGAUGGUGCUAUUGUGGAUGGGAAAGUUCUACCAAAUCUAGUCCGAGCUACAGCAAUCAAUGCAAGUCGAGCUCUAAAAUCAUUAAUUCCACUGUAUCAAAAUUUCUAUGAGGAGAGAGCUCGAUAUCUGGAAACCAUUGUACAACACCACCAGGAGCCAACCACUUUUGAGGAUUUUGCUGCCCAAGUCUUCUGUCCAGCCCCUUGUCACAACAUACCAUCUGAUUCAGGCUCAUGCCCAGAGAGUCAGCAGGCCGAAAGUCCUGCAGCACAGGGGGCGGACGGGAUCGACUUAGCCUCUCCAAUGUCACCUCGUGCUAGCAAGAGUCGUAUGUCUAUGAAAUUGCGGCGUUCAUCUGGUUCAGCUAAUAAAUCUUAACAAACACAUCAUAACAAAAAGUUACACUCCUAAUUCACUAGCCAUGAAUUAAUGUCUUUUUUUUAACUUAUUAUUUUACUGCUUAAGCCAAAUGUUUUGCCUCUUGCUAAUUUAGUAACUGCGUGUUACCACUCCAUGCAGUUUAAAACCUGUUCCUUGUAAACUACUUUUUAUUAAGAACACUGGAGUUCUAUUUUUAGCUUAUCAAAAUAUAUAUUUUAGCAAUCUACGCUUGGUUGUACAGUGCAACUACCCUGCACCUAAUUGAUUAUGUAUCUGUAUAUUUACUGCACUUCUAAUCACACUUAGUGUUUUGAAAAACAUUUUCUUCUUGAAUUGCAUUUGGCUAGUCAAGUUGAAUGACCCAUUUGUUAUUGGGUACCAUCACUAGGAAUUUACAGCAGACUUGCUUGGCUGUAUAUUGUGUACUUUGUACAGUUUUGUUUUACAGUAGGAACAUUUCGGAUUACUUGUGCACAAUUCAGGAAUGUAUAGUAAGUUUUCAGUUUUUAUGUAGAUGUAAAGUUGUUUCAAAAUAUAUUCACCAAAUCAAUCUUAUGGCACAAAACAUGUACAGAAUAUUUUCAUUUUAAAUUAUAAGUAUGAAUUUUCCAAGGAAUGUAAAUGGUCUCUUAGCAUUUCAGCUAUAAAACGUAGCCUGACAAAACAAAAAUCAAGAGAAAAUAUAUGGACUUGUUUUUAUUUUAAACACUGACAUAUAUAUAUUAAAAAAAUAUAAUCUUUAAAUGCUGAAAAUGCUGCUGUGUUAAACUAUUUACUUGUGCAUGGCUUCCAACCAAGAAACUGUAGAAAAAACACUGUAGGUGAAAUCUGGUAAGAGGCAAAGUUAUUGCUGGAAUGAUGAAAAUUCUGGAUGUAUUUAGAUAUGUUCUCUUACAGGGUUUGCACUCAAAUAUGUUUUCAAUUUUCUGUGAUAUAUUCAUUAAGGAGAAAAGGGAUCAUUUAAGAGUGUCUGUAUAACCAAUUUAACUUGAAUUGAGUCAAAUUUAAAUUGCUGAAGUGCAGCAGAAUGCAUAUUCCAGCUGUAUUUUCCUACAAGAAAACAUUAUUUUGUAGGUGACUUGCAAUGUUACUACUAACAGUAUGUAGCAUGAUGUCAGUACUAACUGCAUGUGUAAAUAUCAUAUGAUGAAAUAUUAUAUUAUGUAUUGUCAUUCAUGUAGUUGUCUAUAAAAAUUUGUAAUGGCUGAAGAUGCGCUGUUUAAUAUUGCAAUAAAAAUUAUUCUUACCCUGUCUACUUGUGGAAAUUUUUGUUAGCAAGUCUGAAAUGGAGAAUGCUAUAAUAUGGUCUUGCAGAUCUCUGAAAUGUCUUAUUGUAUUGAGAAAUGUCAAAGCACAAAGGGAAACCAAUAAAUAUCUAACAUACCAUAAUUCACUAAUCAAUUAUUUGUUCCCUUCCAUUUCAUACAUCUUGAGUAUUAUUGAAAUAUUCUUGUAAGUAUCAAAGUAUUGCUAAUGCUUGGUUUGAUGCAUCUUUUUAGCAUAUUUUAAAUGCAGCCAUUCAGUAUGUUUUAUUCAUAUAUACACACAUUCAUGACAAAGUAUGAAUAUUGGCAAAGUUUAAUAUGCCUUCCCAUUUUCCACUUUACCUUGUACAUUCUUAAAUUAUUCUAGGCCAGAUCAUUUAUUCUUAAAUCUAUGGAGAUUAUGUUUUUUGUCACCAUAUUGUGGGCAAAUUUGCAAAGUGUCCACAAUAGUCAAUAUUUUGCAAUUUUAUACUUCGGAAGAAAUCUGUAAAAACAAAAUGCAUUUUAUUUGUCCUCUGAAAAUGAUGUCUGUUUUCUGAAACCACUUUGUUCCUUUGCCCAGGAAUUUGCUGAAUUGGGUCUAAAUGAAUUACCAAUGCACUUGUCCUGCAUUCUUCAGAAGGAUGAUCUGGUCCUAAGCUAUUAGUAUUUCCAGAAACCAUUGUAUUCAUAAAUUGUUUUCACCAAUUUCUGGAGGAUUAAAUCAAUCUGUAUACAAUAAAGGUAUGUGGGUUGUGUGUCAAGCACUCUCUGAGCCUGAGAAUGCACUCACAAAGUGAAAUGAAAUAAAAUUGAUUUUCACGAGUUAA